CCGUUGGAAAGGAAUCUUUUUUCAUCACAAGUAGGUAGCUACCAUACGAGUUCCAUACACUUUACCUCAUUUUUGUUUUCAUUAGAUGUAUUGAUAAUAAAAAGAAUUAAUUACGUUUUAAAUGUUUAAUUAUUAUAUACUUCCAAAUUCUCUAAUUGAAGCAAAGAAAACAUACAUUCAGUUAAUGUGUAUAUUGAAAAAAAGGUCAUAAUAAAGCGUCAUCCAGUUUAAAGCGACAAGUACUUAGAAUUAAGAAGACGCAUGGUUGUAUUCUGAAAGUAAUAUUAACCUUAAUUCUGUGAUAUUUGCUCGAAAUCCAAAAAUCGAGUAAUAUGGCUAAAAUAGUCGAUUCUUUGAAGAAAUUAAGUGUUGAACAUGACACACGAAAAUACGAUAACAAUCACACAACUAUUAAAAGAAAAAAGGAAUUAACACUAUCGAUAGAGGAAACAGUAUCUCCUGACAAAAAUUACAUUCUUAAUGUCUGUGGAACACGAAGUGAUCCAGAAUUUAGGAUUGGUACAGCUUUGUCAGAUCGUACUUGUGUGAUAUAUUCUGUUGGAGAAACUUUAAAUCGAAUCAGUACAUUAACUCACAAUCGAUCCCGUAUUGUUGGAAUAAAGUUUAGUCCUACUUCUAAGAAUAUUUUAUAUACAGCAACAAAUGAUGGACUAGUUACAGCGUGUGAUCUGCGUGCUAAAGGAAAAGUAAUUGCAGAAUUCAAAGACGUUACAGAAGAUGGUAAAGUGAAACCUCUUUGUAGCUUCGAUAUCAGUCCCAAUGAAAGACUUUUAGCAGGUGGAACUGAACAUAUCGGAGGAGAUGCAUUCAUUUUAUUUUGGGACAUACGGCAUACUAAUUCAAAAUUGUACGAUAGAAAUACUCUUCUUGGCGGAUAUUGGGAAUCUCAUUUGGAAGAUGUGACUUGUUUGGCGUUUCAUCCUAAAAAGCAGGAUGUGUUAGCAUCUGGUAGUACAGAUGGUUUAAUUAAUGUUUUUGAUCUUAAACAGCCAUCAGAAGAUUGUGCGCUAACUUAUUCUUUGAACACUGAAUCUUCUGUAGAUAGGAUAGGCUGGCUAAGCGAUGAUAAUCUCUGGUGUACAACUUAUAUGCAUUCUUUACAACUUUGGGAUUGUGAAGGAGCCACGCCAUAUGCAAAAUUUGACCGCAGCGAUUUAGUAGUUUCUCAGAACAAUGAUGUAGACAACUGUUAUACAGUCAGAUUCCAUGCUUCAAAUGUACUUGAGCAUCCAUUCCUCUUGGCAGGUUCUAGUAACGUUAAAGGAGAAAAUUUAAGUUGUCUCAACAUCGUAAACGAUCGACUGGAAGUGUGUUAUAACAUGGUGGGAAAUAAACAGUUAGUGCGCGACAGUUGGUUGCACGAAAAGAGUGGUUCCUUAGUAACAGUGGGGGAAGGAGGAUAUAUAAACAUUUGGAAACAAGCAGAAACGACGCUUUUACAACAAAGUUCAAGCCAUAAAUUAGUGGCAAAAAUUGGUACCGCCAAAGGGCGUGACCGUCAUCACAGAACCAAGCCAUAUUAAACGAAAGUGAUAGGAUAAAAAUUUGUAAAUGCGAAAAGUUUUUCAAGCAGCAACAGAUUUGUUUAAAAGAUUCGUCUAAAAUCAUGUUUCUAAAAUUGUCAGUCGGCUUAAUAACAUAACGAGCAAGAAUCAACAAGAUCGGCAGAACUAUCUCACCAAGCCGGCUUUCUUAAUACUUUUUUUUUCUCGCAAAUAGUUGUGAGUACUAAUUGUUAUUCUUUUAUUUGUCCAUAUAUUUUAUAUUUAUUCUCUUUUUCUACGGUAGGUUUCAUGAGACUUUACAUACAAAUUAUAUUAUUGCCCUCAGUAGCAGUUGAAAAGUAACGUUCCUCUUUAUCGAUUUAUUCAGAAUAAUAUGUAUGUUUUUAUUGACAGUCACGCGCGAUUUUUAUAGAUACGUUAAAUGCAUUAUUUAUGUACCACGUUGUAUUUUAAUGUACAACAUCAUAAAAAUUAUCACUGAGCAAGGAAGACAAGAACAAAAAUGAAGAGAGAGGGACAGAGAGAGGGAGUUAGAGAGAGAGAGAAAGAGAGAGAGAGAAAAGGAAGAGAAGUGAUAAGUGAACAAGGAAUGAAUAAUGGAAAAUUGAAAAUAUCAGCGAAAUAUUAAAGAAUAUAAAAAGUGGUAAUUCGAAGUUAUUAUCGAGAAAAUGUUGAAAGUCAAAAUGAUUUUACACGGCUUCUAGGUUGAGCAUCUUUUGACUGAUUCCGAGAAGGAGUUAAUUGAGAUGUCGGGGUAGCCUCACUAGUUGUAGGGCGAGAAGAUCGAGAGUGCUUUCGACCAAAACGAAAGAAUCGUCAGAAAAAAAUUACCUCUUCCUCCAAAGGCUGUUGCUGCUCGGUUCGUUGAUGUUGUUGUUGUUGCUGUUGUU